GGAGGAGGAGGAGGUGGAGGAAGAGGCAGAGGGGACAGCAGCACCUAAGAUGGAACAUGAACAGAGAUUCUCCCCGCAGCUGAGUGAAGAGGAGGGAUUAGAUGAAGGGCAUGCCACCGCUGAACCAGAACCCAGUGGGAUUCACCUCAGCUUUGCCAAUGAGUCCAAGCGCUCUCCUUCCCCCGUAGAGGUGGAAUUGCUGGACAGAAUGUCUCUUCCAAUGGAAGCUUAUGGAUCUGCCAUCCCACUUGAAGGAGGGGCUGUUGGAGAGGAGGAACUAGGGCCAGCAUCCCCGUCCCCAAGGCCUCACCACCUAGUGAAGUCAGAUAUUGUGAAUGAGAUCUCUAACUUGAGUCAGGGGGACGCCAGCGCCAGCAGCUUCCCAGGCUCAGAGCUCCCCUUUGCCUCCCCGUACCAUGAAGGCGGAGGCUCGCUUUCCCUAGAGAUGGGUGGCUUAACCUCCACAGACGUCAGUCUGCAGAGGGAAGACGGAGCCUCUUUGCCUCUGGGGGAAAUGGAGGACUCUCUGCUAUUUGAUGUAAAAGGCGAAUGUGAGAAGGGACGGCGGCGUAGCUCCCCAGCCCGCUCUCGUAUCAAGCAGGGUCGCAGCAGCAGUUUUCCUGGGAGGAGACGGCCUCGGGGAGGGUCUCACACGGGCCGAGGGCGGGGCCGAUCACGUUUGAAAUCCACCACUUCUUCCAUCGAGACACUGGCGCUGGCCGAUAUUGACAGCUCCCCAAGCAAAGAGGAGGAAGAUGAUGAUGACGACACAAUGCAAAACACAGUGGUGCUCUUCUCCAACACAGACAAGUUUGUGCUAAUGCAGGAUAUGUGCGUAGUGUGUGGUAGUUUUGGCCGUGGCGCAGAGGGCCAUCUCCUGGCUUGUUCUCAAUGUUCUCAGUGUUACCAUCCUUAUUGUGUAAACAGCAAGAUUACAAAGGUGAUGUUGCUGAAGGGUUGGCGUUGCGUGGAAUGCAUUGUGUGUGAAGUGUGUGGCAAAGCAUCUGAUCCCUCCCGCCUGCUGCUCUGCGAUGAUUGUGACAUCAGCUACCACACAUACUGCUUGGAUCCACCUCUCAACACUGUGCCCAAGGGUGGCUGGAAAUGUAAAUGGUGCGUGUGCUGUGUGCAGUGUGGAGCAGUUUCACCUGGCUUCCACUGUGAAUGGCAGAGCAAUUACACCCAUUGUGCUCCCUGUGCCAGUCUUGUCACUUGCCCCAUCUGCCACGUGAAGUAUGUUGAGGAUGACCUCUUAAUCCAGUGUCAGCAUUGUGAACGGUGGAUGCAUGCUGUAUGUGACAACCUUUUCAGCGAGGAUGAAGUAGAACAGGCAGCAGACGAGGGCUUUGAUUGCACUUCAUGCCAGCCAUAUGUAGUCAAGCCUGUUGUUCCAGUUCCCCCUCCAGAAAUUAUCCCAGUGAAGAUCAAGGAACCAGAGCCCCAGUAUUUUCGCUUUGAAGGUGUUUGGUUAACGGAGACAGGCAUGGCGGUGCUACGUAACUUGUCUUUGUCACCAUUGCACAAGCGUCGGCCGCGCAAAAACACACCAAUGACACCAAUGAUGGCGCGGCCAGGCAUUCUUAAUGGUGAAGGUGGACUGGAUUGCCUUGGCUCUCUGGGUGCAGAUGAAAAAAAGGACGGAGACGUGGAGGCAGAUGAGAUCCUGAAAGCUGAAGUUAGCGUUGAACACAUGGAGUGUGAGAUCAAAUUGGAAGCCCCGCCGACUCCGGAAAGGGAAGCUGCAGCUGAGGCUGAAGCGGCAAAAGGCCUUCUGGAAGACUCUGAGGAGGUCAAGAAGCGGAAAAGGAAGCCCUAUCGCCCGGGUAUUGGAGGUUUUAUGGUGCGACAGCGGAAAUCACACACACGCUUGAAAAAGGGCUCACUAGUCUUGGCCGAAGUCUCUCGGGAGCUGACCACUACAGAAGGGCAACCGGAAGAAGGGGUGCAACCUAACCCACCUGCUGAAAACCCUGCUGAGACCUUGGCUGAACAGGGAGUGGCUGAAGCUGAUGAAAAGAAGAAACGGCGGGGUCGGAAGAAGAGCAAGCUAGAAGACAUGUUCCCUGCCUAUCUUCAGGAAGCAUUUUUUGGCAAAGCACUCCUAGACCUGAGUAGACAGGCUCUGUUGGCUGCUGGUGGUGUGGGUGGAGAUGGAACUGCCCAUCCUCCCGUCGGUCAGGGAGCUCCCAGGCCCAAGGUGGAUUCCAGCAGGCUCCAAAAAGGGCCAGAGGAUGGAAAGGCAGCUCCAGUUCAGCCCAAAGGGGAUGAAUGCCUUAGUAGCAGGGAAGCAGCAGCUCCUGAAAGCAACUUGAAAGCAGCUGAUGCCAAGACUGAGAAUACUGGGACAGAAGAGCAGAUGGUGCCCAAGACCUCUCCAGAACCUACAGGUGCCGAGAACCCAGCCACACCCCCGGGGGAGGGGGUGCUCAGCUCCGACCUUGACAAAAUCCCCACUGAAGAGUUGCCGAAAAUGGAGAGCAAGGAUGUUCAGCAGCUCUUCAAAGAUGUCCUGGGUUCUGCUGAACGAGAACAGCAGCUUAAUUCUGUUGGGGUGGAUGCUGAGGCCAGAGGCCUGCGUGAUCCAAACUGCUCCCAGCUGGCCCAAAGGCCUUUUCUUCAAGGUGGUGGUACAUCUCUUGGGCCCCUGCAGCCUGCUGUGCCCAUGGAGACUUAUUCUGGAGUUUGCCAGUCCCCAUUCCUUGAUAAUAAGGAGAGGAGUGGCUUCUUCAGCCCUGAGCAGUGUGAACCAGAGAGUCCUUGGGCCAGCAGCUCUGCAGCUUCCACACCAACUACUCCCACCACAGAGGGGGAAAGUGACGGACUCUCGUAUAACCAGCGGAGCUUGCAACGUUGGGAGAAGGAUGAAGAACUGGGAGAGCUUUCCACCAUUUCACCUGUCCUUUAUGCCAACAUGAAUUUCCCCAGCCUGAAGCAGGAUUACCCAGACUGGUCUAGCCGUUGCAAGCAGAUCAUGAAGCUUUGGCGAAAGGUGCCAGCUCCAGACAAAGCCCCAUAUUUGCAAAAGGCCAAAGAUAACCGGGCAGCCCAUCGCAUCAACAAGGUGCAGAAGCAAGCUGAGAGCCAGAUCAGCAAACAAACCAAAGUGGAGGUGCUGCGAAGGCCUGACCGCCCCACGCUUCAUCUGCGCAUACCAUCUCAGCCGGGGGUGCUGCCUGGUGCCCCUCAGCCGUUGCCACCUUCUUCCUCUACUGCUUCAGCCUCGGGACAGUCCCUCUACAUUAAUCACACUGCAGCUCUGCCAAGUGGGCCGGGUAUUGAGUCGCCCAGUGAGCUCUUCCUUAAGCUUCCCUCUUCUGCCACCAGUGCCCAGCCCCCUGUGCAAGUGCCUUUGCACGAGCCCUACGGCAUGGCCUCUGCUUGCCCCCCACCAGAUCCAGGUUUUCCUUCCCCCUCCUUGGUGGGCCAGAGUCCUACAGUGCCUAGCGGCUUUGUCUCUUCCUCUUCUGCCUCCUCUGGACAAUCUCCGCUCCUACCAAACCUUCGUCCGUCCCCGCAAGCUGGAGAGUUGCAGCCCACCCCACCUGGAACCCCAAGGCAUCAGCCCUCCACGCCGGACCCUUUCCUUAAGCCACGCUGCCCCACUGGAUCCUUGGAAAACUUGACUGUGCCUGGAAGCCCUCAGCGAGCUGCGCUUCUGCUUUCCCCACCACCCUUUGGGGAGCAGCAAAAAAAGGGAUUGGAUAUCAAGAAGGAAGAUUCCGGUCGAGGGAUCGGCUCUCCUAGUUACAGCUGCAGCUAUAGCAACUCCCCUUCCAGUGCUCUCCCAUCCAAUGAAAUGAAGGCCCCGGACGUUUUUAAAGCCCCUCUCACCCCACGCCAGUCUCAGGUGGAGCCACAAAGCCCAGGUUUAGGGCAUCGUCCCCCAGAUUCCCACCCUCUGGCUGCUUCCCCACCCAGCCAGGCUGAUCUCUACAGGCAGUCGCCUUACCCAGAUCCCUAUGCCCAGCCCCCACUGACCCCGAGGCCUCAGCCCCAACCCCCAGAGCCCUGCUGCGUUUUGCCUCCCCGCUCGUUGCCUUCGGACCCCUUUUCACGCAUACCUGCCAGCCCACAGUCUCAGUCAAGCUCCCAGUCCCCUCUCACUCCCCGUCCCCUCUCCACUGAAGCCUUCUGCCAGUCUCCCGUCACUCCUCGCUUUCAGUCUCCUGACCCCUACUCCCGGCCACCCUCCCGGCCCCAGUCCCGGGACCCCUUUGCCCCCCUGCACAAGCCCCCUCGGGCUCAAAUGCCAGAUGUUGGCUUCAAGCCGAUGCCUGUCUCCCACAAUACCCUGGCAGUUGGGAAUUUCUCAGCGGUGCCACCCCCUUCUGAGUCCCACCCAAAGACCAACCAGCAGUCUCAGUUUAUCCGCUCCCCUGGCGCCAGUGUCUUUCCCAGUGCUCAGCCGCAGAUGCGGUUCACCUUCCCUCCCAAUGAGCCCAUCAAGAACUCUCCUUCACAAGGGGUCAACAGCCAUUUUGCUCCUGGCAAACCUCAAAGCACAAGCUACGUUUCUUCACCGGGCUUCCACCAGGCUGGGAGCCCUCUGGGCCCAACCAAGAACACCCCAGAUCCGUAUACUAUCUCCCCGUUGCGACCUCCGUCGAUGCUGCCCCAGCAGCCCCCUUCACAGCAAGAUGGAGCCAUGUCCUUUCUGCCACGAGGAGGCAUGCCUUCAAGUGACAAGAGAGAGGAGGGGGCAAUAGGACCCCCCAGCAGGGAGCUGCAAGAACUGACGUCCGGCCAGGAGGGGGCUGUUGGCAGCAAUGCUACCCAGACAGAGAUGGAAAAACAGCGUCAGCGUCAGAGACUCCGGGAGUUGCUUAUCCGUCAGCAGAUCCAGAGGAACAACUUGAGGCAAGAAAAAGAGAGCGCAGCAGCCGCAGCCACCGGUGUUCAGUCCUCCUGGAACACCGAGGGCACCGGACCAGGCUUCGAGCAGAUCAACCGCAGCAUGACUCCUUACCCAUCGGCACAGGACAAGGGACUACUUGGCAGCCUGGGGAGCGCUCCAGGAGGCAGCAAGCUGCCCAGUGGUGUGAUGGUACAGUCAUCCUAUAUACAGGAGGACCGAGGCGCCCGGCCACCUCCAGCAGCAACACCCUCUGCCAUGGAUAUCAAUGGCAGGCCAUCGGUGACAGCAGCUUCCCAGCCCUUUUAUCCCCGCAGUGUCUUCCAAACGCCACCUACACAGCAACAGAUGUGGCAACAGCAGCAGCAGCAGCAACAACAAGCAGCAUCCAUGCGUCUCCCAAUCUCUUCACGUUUCCCCCAGCCCCCCACCCAAGACCUAAGUCGACAAACUUUGGGAGGCCUGGCACCACGCCUGCCCAGUCCUGGUGAACAAUUUCAGACUUCCUCUGGCCCACUGGGAGCCCAGUUCAUUGAGUUGCGGCACCACAUCCCAAAGGGAGUGCUAGGAAGUGGAGCUGGCCCUCCCUUCAUCCAACAGAAUCUUCAGGCUCGACCCAGAUUCUUCCUGCCUGGGAACGAUAGCACCAAUCAGGCUUUGAAAGCUUCUGUUAUGCCUGUGCAGGCCCCUGUCCUGGGAAACCAAGGCCUACAAUCACAGAAAAUCCCUAUUUCAUCCUCUCUUCAGGAUUCAGAGAUGAGCAAUAAUCAUCACUCUCAUGCCAAGGCCAUUCCCCAGUUGAUAUUGCCCCCCGGCAACAUGGAAGUGCGACACAUCGCAGCUCGGACACCCUCUUCAUCUGUCCCUAAAGAUGUACCCCUCACCUCAACUAACAUUGAUUCUACCCCAGCCGCUGGCAAGAAUCAGCUAAGUCUGGUCAGUAGGCCGUUACCUUGCGAGGUCCCUGUGGAACCCGAUUUGGAUGAUGAGUUUGAUUCUCACAAGGAUCUUGUUGAAGAUGAUGAUGACUUGGCCAACUUAAGCCUUGAUCCAGACGUUGCCAAGGGUGAUGAUGAUCUUGACAACCUAGAUAACCUGGAAACCAAUGACCCUCACCUCGAUGAUCUAUUAAAUGGUGAUGAGUUUGAUUUGCUGGCAUAUACAGACCCAGAGCUGGAUACUGGAGAUAAGAAGGAUAUCUUCAAUGAGCAUCUGCGGUUGGUGGAAUCUGCCAACGAAAAGGCUGAACGUGAGGAUCGGCUUAAAAAAGAACCCUCCGUAAGUCCCUACCUCAAGGAUGCUCCUUCUGCUGGUGUUGGCAAGCCAGAUGAACAGAAGUCACCAUUAAUUCCCAGAGAUGAUGUUCCCAAAGUGAAAGAGGGACUUGGUCUUCUUCAGGUUCCCUGUUCAUCUUCUGCAAGGGUGUCUCCAUCCCCCAUCCUUGCAACCUUCAAGGCCCAAAGUGACCUGCUGGACAGCAAAAUGCCUAGCCUGCCAGCUGAUAUCAAACCCAAGAUAGAAGAAGGGUGUUUAAAAUCCUCGCCCUGCCAGUUUAACACUAGCACUGUAGAGAAGCCUCCUGUGAAAUCUGAAGGAGCAGAGAAAAUGAUUGCUACUUUAGGAGUCAACAUCAAAACCAACCAGAAUCUUAUGAGUCCUGGUGGAGUGCAACUUGGCAUGACUCAGUUCCACAGCAACAAUCACCCUCCCAUAUCAGAUAAAGUCCUCUACAGCACCCAAACUCGUCCAUCGCUUAUUCCUGUCUCAAUGCCCAACAACACUAAUUCCAUCCUGGAAAAGUUUGAGCUAGAUGGAGGACCCUUGAGUUUGAGUAGCAGUCAACAGCAUUCUCCAGCUGAUGAACUAGACAAAAUGGAAAGCUCCUUGGUGGCCAGUGAGCUCCCUCUCCUGAUUGAAGAUCUGCUGGAACAUGAAAAGAAGGAACUGCAGAAGAAACAGCAGAUGUCUGCCCAAAUGCCAGGGGGUUCCCAACACCUCCAGCCCCACACUGUAUUGGCACAUCCUGCUCCCCCUCCCCAACCUCAUGAUGGGCAGCUAGUAAGUCCUCAGCAACAGCUUCAGUUGAGCAUUGUGGCCAGACCACAGGGCAUGGUGGGCAACCAGCAACUGAUGCAGCAGCAGCAGCAACAACGUCUGGCUGGUCCCCAGCAAAACCAAGGGCUAGCACCACACCUGGCAGUGCCUCAGAACCAAUCUCAACUGCUUCCCCCCCAGCAUGGCAUGCAGGCAGCUCACAGCCAACAGACCCAACAGCAGCUCUUAGCCCAGAAGAAUAUGCAAGGUGUCCAGCAGCAGCAGCAGCAAAUGAUGGGACUUAAGCCUCAGCAAAUUGUGAUGCAACAGCAGCAGCAGCAACAACAGCAGCAGCAGCAGCAGCAGCAGCAGUUGGCUAACAGUUUCUUCCCUGAUACUGAUCUAGAUAAAUUUGCUACUGAGGACAUAAUGGAUCCCAUUGCCAAAGCCAAGAUGGUAGCUCUAAAGGGUAUCAAGAAGGUCAUGGCACAAGGCAGCAUUGGGGUUGCUCCGGGCAUGAACAGGCAACAAGUCUCCUUGCUGGCUCAGAGGUUAUCUGGAGCUUCAUCUUCAUCUGAAGUGACAAAUCACAUUUUACCUGUAACUGGAGGGCAGGAGCGCAACAAUGAUCCAGCACAGGCUCGUCCAAACCCUCCAACUUUUGCUCAAGGUGUCAUCAAUGAGGCUGAUCAGCGUCAGUAUGAAGAGUGGCUUUUCCACACCCAGCAGCUUCUCCAGAUGCAGCUGAAGGUGCUGGAGGAGCAAAUCGGGGUGCACCGCAAGUCCCGCAAGGCCCUGUGUGCCAAGCAGCGGACGGCUAAAAAGGCCGGCCGUGAGUUCCCGGAGGCUGACGCUGAAAAGCUGAAGCUUGUAACUGAGCAACAGAGCAAGAUCCAAAAGCAGCUGGAUCAGGUGCGGAAACAACAGAAGGAACAUACCAACCUCAUGGCUGAGUACCGCAACAAGCAGCAGCAGCACCAGCAACAAUCCUCCACGGUCAUGGCCCUCAGCCCCUCCCAGAGCCCUCGUCUCAUGAACAAGCUUCCCGGCCAGUUGCUUUCUACACACGGCCUCCAGCAGGGGACACAAGGCCUGCCUGGUCAGGUCCCGGGGGGCCUGCGCCUCCCUCAGGCUGCGCCCAUGGCCGUGCAACAGGGCUUACCGUUCAUGAGUCAGCAACAGUCAUCGUUGCCACCCCCAUCCGGGGCCACCCCCGCCGGCAAUUUCUUUCCUGGCAACCGCCUGUUACAGGAGAGACAGCUGCAGCAGCAUAGGCUGCAACUGGCUCAGAAGCUGCAGCAGCAGAACUUCAUGGGACAAAUGACCAUGCAGCAGCAGCAGCAGCAGCAGCAGCAGCAAGGCAUGAUGGGACAGAUGUCUGUGCAACAGCAGCAGCAGCAACAGCAGCUUCAGCUUCAGCAGCAAAACCUGAUGGGACAGGUAUCCGUGCAGCAGCAGCAGCAACAACAACAACAACAAAGCACAAUCGUCCAAUCUGGUUUGAUGGGUCAGCCGCCACCGCCACCCCCACCCACUCCACAGCCAAAUCAGAACCUGCUCCCUAAGCCACAAGGGCUGCUGAACAGCCAGCCAGGAGCUGUGAUCCAGCAACUCUCUCCGCAGCAGCAGCAGCAACAAGUCAUCCUCGGGCACUCCAUGCUGCAGCAGCAUCAGGGUGUGUUAAGCCACCAGGCUGCCCAGAGGCCAAUGCUGUUGACUCCUCAGCAACAUCGGGCCCUGGGUUGUCCUCAACAGCUGGCCCAGCAGACUCAGGGGAUGAUGGGGCACCGGCUUCUUUUGUCUCCUCAACAGCAGCAGCAGCAGCAACAGCCGCCCCCACCGCCACUAACACCACACCAGGCAGGGCUCCUUGGCCAGCAGAGGUUGCUAGGCCAGCAGCAGCAGCAGCAGCAGCAACAGAAUUCCCUAGCCCAGCACCAGGCCCUCCUCAGCCAGGGGCAGGGCACGCAGGCAGGAAUGUUGUCCCAAGCCCCUCCACCAAGUGCCCUUAGCCAAGGGCAGGGCAUAGUCCCCGAGCCUAUCCAGCACUUUGCGCAGCAGGGGUCUUUGAACCAGCCCCUGCACUCAAGUCAGGGAAUGCAGCCGGCCCUGCCAGCACAGCAGCAGCAGCCGCAGCAGCAGCAACAGCCGCCCCCACCGCCACUAACACCACACCAGGCAGGGCUCCUUGGCCAGCAGAGGUUGCUAGGCCAGCAGCAGCAGCAGCAGCAGCAACAGAAUUCCCUAGCCCAGCACCAGGCCCUCCUCAGCCAGGGGCAGGGCACGCAGGCAGGAAUGUUGUCCCAAGCCCCUCCACCAAGUGCCCUUAGCCAAGGGCAGGGCAUAGUCCCCGAGCCUAUCCAGCACUUUGCGCAGCAGGGGUCUUUGAACCAGCCCCUGCACUCAAGUCAGGGAAUGCAGCCAGCCCUGCCAGCACAGCAGCAGCAGCCGCAGCAGCAGCAGGGCUUGGCUGUCAAGGAACAGCAGGGAGGGCCGGAAGGCUCCAGCGCCCUUCCCCAGGAGGGAGCAGUCCUGCAGCAGCAACAGCUUCGGCCUCAUUUAGGAGGUCAGGAGCUGGGAGGGCAGAUGAAUCCCCCUGACCAGCAAGGGAUGCCUGGCCACGGAGCCCCUUUGCAAGAGCAGCCCCCUCAGCUGAUGCUCCAGCAGCAUGGGGAACCACAGAAGCAGCAGCAGCAGCAGCCGGCCGAUCUGGGCCAAGCACAGCAGCUUCACCUGGACUCUCAGCAGAAGAGCCUGAUGGGCCCGAUGCAGAUGCAGAUGCAGCAGCCGCAGCCAAACAGUAACCUGCAGCAGCAAGGCAGCCAUCUGCAGCAGCCCUUGCGGACUCACCCAGCAAUGGACAGCAUCUUGCAGCAAGAGGUGUCUCCCCAGCAACCGCCGCACCACCACCAUCAGCACCGGGAGGCCCCUCAGCCUCCCCAUUUGCUCGGUCAGCAGAUGGAGCAGCAAAGCCAAGGGCAGAACCCCAUGGCUCCACAGCAGAGGAUGGUGGGCCAAAACCUGGAACAAGCUUCCAAAGGCUUACCGGGCCAACUUGCACAACAACAGCAGCAGCAGCAGCAGCGCCUUCAAAGCCCAGCGGGAACUUCCAAAAACCCUGGGUUGAUAAUGUCAUUGCAGCAGCAGCAGCAGCAGCAGCAGCAGCAGCAGCAGCAGCAGCAGCAGCAAAGUAUGAUGGUUCCACAGUCAUCGGCCCAAGGCCAGAGCUUCCUGGCCAGCCCUGUAAUGGGUCAGAUCCGGGCUCAGCUUCAGGGAGUCAUCUCUAAAAACCCACAGCUCCGGAAUCUCACUCCUCAACAGCAGCAGCAACUGCAAGCUCUGCUCAUGCAGCGGCAUCAGCAGAAUUUGCUGCAGCAGAACCAAGCAUUGCGGCAAGGCAGCCCUUAUCCAGGGCAGGCCCAGGUGUCAUUGGACCAGGGCCGGCCAGCUGCUCCCCAGCUUCCCCUCCCCGGCCCCAUGGGGCAGCAGAUCCCAAGGCAGCCCCCUCUUGCUGUAUUCCAGUUUCGUCCCGAGCAGGGAUUUGCUGCGUCCGCCGAGCACCAGAAGGUCCCAGUGAACCAGCAGGUGGCCCCCAGUCCUCACCAGCAGGGGACACCAAGGCUUCCGACUCCUCAGACUCCCUCCGUUCCCUUGAGUGUUGCUGGCGUGGCCUCUCUACCACCUCAGCAUCUCAGCCCUUCAGAGCCAAAGAGACCAUCCCCAUUGCUCCUGGCUAAAAGCCCUGAACAGCAGCCGGCUCCCAGCCAGAAACACCAGCCGACCACUCCCAGUCCCCUGCUCUCACCUAACCCAGCGCUUUUCCCUCCAAACACAAAGGAAAUGGCUCUUGGCCCCGGGAGCUUCAGAGACUCAGUGUCCCCCACCAAAGUGCCCAUGGAGACAGCAGCGGUCAACGGGCAGACGAGGGAAUUGGCUUCCUUGGCUGUGGGGAAAGCUUUGCCCCAAUUGGGAGAUCCUCCCCUUGUUUGUAUCAAACAGGAACCCAGGGAAGAGGUAGCCCAGUGUGCACUGAUGAGUGGCCCCCAGCCAGUCAAGCGGGAAGCAAACGGGGAGCCCGUCUCGCAAGCAGCCACUGUGGCGGCUGCUGUUACAGUGCCCACUAACAAUAACAGCCUCAGCCGCACUGAAGCCGGCCACCUCUUGCUACAGAAAUUGCUACGCGCCAAGAACGUCACGCUGGGGACUCAGCGCUCGGGUGAUGUCAACGGGCACGUAGACGGCAAAUUUGCUGGGACGGAGGGCCGAUUGCAGAUGACACCAGAUGUUCGGGAGGAUGUCCUCGCAGCAAAGAAACUCCCCCCACCGAAGCCAAAGCGAUCUCAGAAAGCUGGGGAGCGACUUGUCAAUUCCCGCAAGAAAUUGCGCAAGGAGGAUGGAGUGAAGUCCAAUGAAGCCCUCAUGAAACAACUGAAGCAGG